UUGGACCAUUGGACCAUCAGUUUUUGGCAGGAGGAAUGUGUCAGGUGUUUGUGAAUAGAAUAAUGUGGUGUUGGCACUGGCAGUGCUCACCUUGGUAAGAUAAUGGUUUCCAUGACCUAGCUGAGUUGUUUUUGGACACGUUGGCUGCUGAACUGUGUUACAAAUAACAACCCCGAUUUUGCGUUACCGACCGCCGAUCAGCUGAUGAUUUUCCUGUAGUGCAGGAGACAAUCAGUCAGUGCAUGUUGUGCAGAUGUCAACACACACAAAUCUGUUCGAUGACACAUGCAACCCAGUGUCCAAGAAGCCACUAUUUAUUUUUUGAUGAUGUGAACUGAAGAGAAACAGGGGGCUGUGACUAUGCUGUGAUGUCUUCUGAAUUGACAAGAAUUUUGGAAAUUUAGAGAUUGUCUUAAAGUGAAUUGCUGCUGAGUAGCCUACAUGAUCAUAGCUUCAUCAGUUCUUGCUUUGUAACAAAUGAUGGCUGCCACUGCUGAAAAAAACAUCAAAAUGGAGGCCAAUUUUUCCACCAAACUAGGAUCAGUCAGUGAGUUUGUCACAGGGAUAGCAUCUCACUACAACAAUCCAGAACUGAGUGACGUCAUCAUCCGAGUCGACGGAUCCACCUUCAACUGCCACAAGUUCUUUCUGGCGUCAGCGAGCGAUGUUUUCCAGACCAUGCUGACCGGAUCGCAGUGGCUCGACUCCCAACAGCAAGAAAUCAUCUUGGAGGAAAGCACCGAGUGUGUAGCAGUCUUUGGGGAGUUUCUACGAUAUCUGUACUGCGGGGAGGUGACAGUGGACACACGAACCAUCAUGCCGAUUUUCACGCUCGCCGACAAGUAUAAUAUACACAGGCUUCGGUGUCAGUGUGAGCAGUACAUGACUGAGCAGAUUGGUCAGGGGAAUGUGAAGGGCGCCCUCAACUGGCUCUCGUUUGCGGAAACAUACUCUCUAGAUCAACUUGUGAUGCACUGCUAUGAGGUCAUCGCGAGUAAUCUACCGAAGAUUUUAACGAAUGAGUCAUGGUUAGGUUUGACCGUCGAUCAGAUGUGUCGGCUCUUGGAAAGUCCGCAGCUUAUUGUCAAUGAUGAGUUUUCGCUCUUUAAGGCUAUGGAGAGAUGGUUGAUCCACGACAUGCAGAAGGGCGGGGUGACGACCAAUCUACGUCGGCUUCUUCCCACGGUGCGCUUCGCGCAGAUGACCUCGGAGCAGAUUCACAUCAUCGAGAAGUCAGAGUUCGGUCAGAUCUACGAGAAGCAACUUAAGGACUACAUCUUAGAAGGGUAUAAAUUUCACGCCUUGGCCAGUUCGGGGAAUAUGUCAGAGAUCUUCUCUGCAGAGCGUUUCUUGGCGAGACUCUACCUCGCGCCUCCGCAUUGUCACGUGAUUUACGUCCACCCAACGAGUACGAUAAUGGCUAACGCUAUGACCCAGGGUUACCGGCCAAAGAGUGGUUCACCUUGGUACCUGCUCCUUCUACAGCAGAAUAACUUCAACGACAUCACUUGCGAAAAGGGCACGCUGACUAAUGUCACCUAUAAGCUUCAGGCCCCGAAUGGCGACAUAGGGAAAUCUUUUCGCCUAGCCAUCACAGCCUUUGACGCAGGCGAUGCUUUCAUGAAUGCGGUAACUAAAGGCGGUCUUGUCUAUAAGCCCGAUGGACCAACGGCUAACGUGCAUUGGAGUUUAACGACAAACGUAACGACGGUCCAUUCCCAAGCUUUCCUGGACAAGAAGAGCGGGAAAAUUAAGCUUGGGGUCGUAAUUCAAGUGUUUUAGGUUUGGGCUUGGACAGAGUUUUUAUUAUAAAGUUUUUCUACUUGUACUGAACCUAUAGGUUUUUGCUGCAAACAUGUGUGACUCUUUAAAGAAGGCCUCCCAUUCUUGGGGAUAUUUAGAAAAGUGAAUGUUAACAAAAUUUAAGAUAUUUCUUUUGAACAAUUUUGACCCACCCAACCACCCCAAAUUUGAACAAGAUAUUUUGGAUCAAAGGUCUCCACAAUCAGUUGCUCUCGGCGGCUUUUCCUAAAUUUCCUGGCUUAAACAAACAACUUUUUAGUUUAGUCAGGAAUGAUGACAAUCCUGCUAGCUUGGCCAGCUACGUAUUCUGUUUUCUUCUUUUUCAUUUGAUUAAUUUGUAAGUAUGUAUUUUUGAAAUAAAUUUUGAUUUUCAGUUAUUACUUUUGACCCACCCACCCACAACUUCGGAAAAAUAAACCAUAAAUUUGUAUUUAUUUACUAUUCUGAUUGGCCCCAUAGUAGUUGAUAAUAUUUUAACAAGCUACUUGUAUGAACAAGAGAACUUGAUUGACCGUUAUAUAAUAUAUAUACAGACUUAAAUUAACAGUGUGCUUUCUUUAUUUCAUUGGUUGAUUGAUUGAUUGACUGAUUUAUUGAUUAAUUGAAAUUUUCAUGGAGUUUUGAAAUUGUAUGUACGUAAAUUAAGUUAUUAAUUGAUUUAUACAAAUUUGAUUUCCCAACACCAAAUUUAGGCACUUCUUGAGAAUAUGGAUUGACAACAUACAGUAUCAUUUAGUAUGUGAUUGGAUGUCUUAUCUUAGGCAGGACGUACUUUUGGUAAUUACUCACGGAAAUCAAUGACCAUAAAGUGUUACUUGGUGGAGAGCACUGGAAAGCUGUGAUAUUGUUAUGAUUUUGUGUGGGAUAUGUGUGCUAUUGGCGCGGAGCGCCACAAAAUGUUGAUUGUUUUACUUCAAAGCUUCUGGACUGUUUUGGCCGAGCGGUGCUCAGGACUCGAACUUUACUGACUGAGCCAUCGGUCUCAGGGUUCGAAUCCUGGUCUGACUGGUCGUGGCUAUUGCAUUCUUGAGCUGAAAUUGUUAGCCAGUUUCGGAGGGGGUCGGUGGUUGAUAUAUUCAAGCUAUCCUCUUUUGAGACAGUGGCCUUUUAUCAAAAUCUGAACAAUUCAAGGCAACUACCUCUUGUGGUUUGUUCAUCUUUUGGUUGAUCAGGCGUGCAAUUUUUCCUCGGAAGCUGAUUUCCUCUCUUUUUAGUCUUAGUUUUUUCAUUCAAAAUUGAAAAAUACUAAAUAAAAUCAUUGACAUUUUGUAAUUUCCUCUUUUUUGGUGAGGUACGAGUUGCAUGCCUGGUUGAUACUGGUGGGGGAAAAUCUAGGCUUAUCCCUUAAUAUGAUUAUUCAAAAUUUAGAUACUAUCGAGGAAAAUCCGCAGCGGUUAUGUCGACGAAGGAAGAAUAAUUCUUAAUGAGAAGAGUACACAAUCUGAGAAGCGUUACUGACAGUAAUGCUUCUCAAAUUCAAAUUUGGUGGCACUAACAACUGAUAAUUGUUCACAUACAUGUACAUACAUGUAACCACAUUCAUGACAUUCCCUCAAAGCGAAUGCUAUGGGAGACUUUCUGGGACGAUGGAGGGCAGCAGACUUACCGGGUGAAUCCAUUGUUCUCAGAAUUAUGCGCAUG